AUGAAGACGGACACUUAUCUCGCCCUAUGCCUAGAGCAGGCUGCUCAUUCUUCCCUCCACUAUCGUCACGGCGCUAUCAUUGUUCGCGGAGGGAAGAUCAUCGGGCAAGGGUUCAAUGAUUACCGACACGGCUUCGACGGCGGAGCCCUGCAGAGUGGAAAGAUUGCGAAGGGCACAUUCGACGGCCCAACCAUUGCCGAACUGAAGCACAGCAUGAAGAACAGGCCCAAGCACAAGCAUGCGAUCAACCAUGCUUGUGGUGCGACUGACGGAAACUCUCUUGUAUCUUUCGAGAGCAGUCCUGGGCAUGGUUAUCACGGCAACAUUGUAUUAUCAAUGCACUCCGAGAUCAUGGCAAUACACUCUGCUCUCUCACGCUCCGGGGCUCUAGCCUCCAGCACGAUAAGGUCCUCUAAGCCAUCUUUCAAAUGCGACGCGAACGCCUCCGGCAGCAUGUCCAGGCAAUCUGCGACGCUGCUCUCCAAGCGCGGACAGUGUCGCGACGGGGCGCCAGGUCCCAAGCGCAGGAGUGGCGUUUUGGAGCCUUUGCAUCUCAACCUUGUCAAGCUGGAGGAGGAGCUUUGGCUUGGGGAAGAUCAGAAUCCGGAGCAGGAGGCGGCAAGGAAAGAUCGGGAUAGAAGCUCGAGGAGCGACAAGUUUCGGGAAGGACAUCGAUUUCGCCAUUUCUCAGAUGCUAGCACCAUGCACAUUCGUCCCGAGGCCCCGAAGACUCGUAGACGAUGCAAUUCCAGCCUUGAGGGUCAAGGGAAGUCGAGUAUGGACCACACGAUCAAGUUCUCAGGCUCAGACCAAGAGCGUCGAACUAAAACCAAGUCGGGCUUGGCCAAUUCUCAGGACCGCUUUGCUGCUCACUCGUCCGAGCCAGUUCCGAUGCCAAAGCGGCGGGCAAAAGCCACGAUUGCUGACCGCGUGAGAAAUACAAAGCUGAACGGGGCUGAUCUUUACGUUGCUAGAUUCAGCGGUCUUGGAAACGCAAGCAGGGAGCGAGAGAUCAGGCUGAGAUCUCCAGCAAAACCGCGCACGACGGACCCGAUGUCGGCCGUCUUGAAAGAUUCGCAGCCCCCAGCUUUCUCAUGCUCGUCGAACUCGGAUGGAAGUCUCCACGAGGAGCUACUAAACCCAUGUCCAGAAUCUGACGAACGCUCUGCGGAAUCUGUCGAGGAGCCGCCUAUUCUCGCCUCCGUCUGCGCUUCCAAGCCCUGCUAUCGAUGCGUCUUGUACAUGCAUUCGGUCGGCAUACGCAGAGUAUUCUGGACCAAUGCCAGCGGUAAGUGGCAGGGUGCUAAAAUGCGUGAUCUUGUGGCUGUCUUGGAUGGCGAUUCCAGUAAUGGACUUGGAAGGAACUUUGGUAUGUUCGUCACCAAACACGAGAUCCUCAUGAUGCGACGACUUAUAAGUACACAUUGA